GUCAGGUUAAGGGGGAGGAGAGAGAUGUGGCUGUAGCCGGUCCAGGAAGACUACAGAAGGCAGACUGACGAGAGGGAUUGUGAAAGAGAGACCUUUGGGAGGAAGAAAGUUCAUAGGAGGAAAGCUGUUGGAGGAGGAGAGCCUCUGCUAUGUCUGAGUGUCACUUUUAGGAAGCAGGAACAAAGGAGCGAAUCCACCCUGUUCGUUUUAUGAUGGUGAUUUAUAGGAUCAGGACCCAGCAGAUGCAGAAAUGGAGGAUUAACAGAGACUCGGUGAAAGAAUAAGCGGGCUGCCUAGCAGAUGCCGCCUGGCCCCCGAGAUGGACGUGCCGAGCAUCAAGGACUUUCAGUGGAAAACUCUUGCCCCCUUGCCCAGCCCGAGAGUCUAUUGCUCCUUGGUGGAGGCUGGCGGGCAGGUCUUUGCCAUCGGGGGUUGUGAUGACAAUGGCGUUCCCAUGGACUGUUUUGAGGUGUAUUCCCCCGAAGCCAACCAAUGGAAUUCUCUCCCUCCCAUGCCCACAGCCAGGGCCGGCGUAGCUGUGGCCACGCUGGGCAAGAGGAUCAUGGUGAUUGGAGGCGUCGGAGCCAAUCAGAUGCCCUUGAAGAUCGUGGAGAUGUACAACAUAGACGAGGGCAAGUGGAAGAAAAGGAGCUCCUUGAGGGAAGCCUCGAUGGGGAUCUCCGUGACCGUGAAAGACUACAGAAUCUACGCAGCAGGUGGCAUGGGAGUGGACUUGCGCCCUCACAACUAUAUGCAGCAUUAUGACAUGCUAAAGGACAUCUGGGUAUCGCUGGCAACCAUGCCCACACCCAGGUAUGCUGCCACCUCCUUCCUGCGGGGCACAAAGAUCUAUGUGCUGGGUGGAAGGCAAUCUAAAUAUGCCGUGAAUGCCUUUGAAGUCUUUGAUACUGAGACCAGAUCAUGGACUAAAUUUCCCAACAUCCCUAGCAAAAGGGCUUUCUCCAGCUUUGUGUGCACAGAGAACAACAUCUUCAGCCUUGGAGGGUUGCGGCAGGGCAGGUUAUACCGUCAGCCGAAGUUCAUGAAGAAUGUGGACAUCUUUGACAUUGAGCAAGGGGGCUGGAUGAAGAUUGAACGCUCAUCCUUUCUGAAGAAACGGCGGGCAGAUUUCGUAGCUGGCUACUUGAAAGGAAGAAUCAUCGUCGCUGGAGGACUAGGAAACCAACCCACAGUUCUGGAGUCAGCUGAGGCCUUUCAUCCCGGGAAGAACAAAUGGGAGAGCCUACCCCCUAUGCCCACCCCACGAUGUGCCUGCUCCAACAUUGUGGUAAAAAACUGCCUUCUGGCAGUAGGUGGAGUGAACCAGGGUCUGAGCGAUGCGGUGGAAGCUCUUUGUGUCUCUGACUCCUAGCUGGCCUAUCUCCAGAUGCUCCCCAUACAAAGGGGCCUAUGCCCAGCACCUGAGGAACCAUCCACUGCAGUUCUGAGUACUGGGCCAGUGCUACACAACACAGGAAGAGUUGACCACUUCCCUUCAUCAUCCCUCCCCUUCUGCUCCUUCCUUGUUACUCCUUUCACUGUGUAUUUAGGAGAAGGUAGCUUCUUGCCUUUUGUAGCUGCACGGUUUUGUGGCUCUGUCAGCCAGCAGACACUGUUGAACCCCACCACCACCUGCCAAAACUAUAGUCACCUCAAUCUGUCAAUUCUGAAUGGCUGAGGAACAUGCCAGCAUUACCACAAAGCCAUCAAAGUUUCCAGCAGGAGGUGGGAUGUUUUCAUUCGAGGAUUAGGAAGAGCACCAUCGCUGAACUGCGAGGAGGCCAUUUUGUCUUCCUCAUGCGUAUCCUGUUCUAGACAGAUCAAAAAUGCCUCUGCUGGGCUCUUCCAAGUGUUCUUCAUGGGGUGAGAAUAGAAUCAUACGGAGAACUGUAUCUCACAGAGCUAGAACUUGCAUACCCCAGUGAUCUUUGAAACGCUGCCAUGAAGAUAAUGGAAUCUUCAUUUCUUCCUGUGGGAGCCCUGCAGCAGCACAUAGCCCAAAAGAUUCCCAGCUGUGACAUUAGCUUUCCAGGCACGCAGGGUUCAAAGCAUUCUGAAUGAAUUUCCUAAUCAUGCAGCCAGAUGGAUGGUGAAACACCGCUAUCUGUGAGAGAGCAACCAAUUCGAUGCCUUGACUGACAGUUCCUGCAAUUAGAGUUACGUGUUGCUUCUGCCAGGAGGUUGAAAGCUAAAAGGCAAUAGCUAAGAAAUCAAUUUAUGGAGCGAGAUGCCACUGCACCAUGGACCAAGGUUUCAGUCUCUACAAUGCACACACACACAGAUACAUUCCAAGUUGUUAAUAUCCAAUGUGUUUGGUUCAGCCCAUGGCACACAAGGAGCCAUUUCCACAACCCAGAUCGAGCUUAAAACAGCCAGUGAUUGUGUAGCAGGAAUGUUAU